AUGUCUUCACUCAAGCCUAUCACGCUCUAUGGACAUGCCGGACCCAAUCCGUGGAAGGUCGUCAUGAUCCUGGAAGAACUGGGCGUCCCCUAUGAGACGGAAAACGUCGACUUCUCCGCUGUCAAGCAGGAGCCCUAUACCCUCCUCAACCCGAACGGCCGUGUGCCCACCGUUGUCGACCCCAACACAAACAUUACGCUCUGGGAGUCUGGUGCCAUCAUCGAGUACCUCAUCGAAACGUACGACAAGGAGGAAAGGCUCAGCAUCUCGAGCUUCCCCGAGAAGCACCACCUUCGCCAGUUCCUCCACUUCCAGGGCACGGGCCAGGGUCCCUACUUUGGCCAAGCUGUCUGGUUCGCCAAGUACCAUCCCGAGGACCUUCCCUCGGCCAAGGAGCGGUACGUCGAACAGACGGUGCGCGUUCUCUCGGUGCUCGACAAGCUACUGGAGGCAAAGGAGUAUCUCGUCGGCGACAAGUGCACGUACGCCGACAUUGCCUUUGUCAACUGGAACGCCGCGGCCGAGAACGUGAUUCUCAAGCCAGAUUGGGAUGAGAAGGUGGAGAAGAAGUAUCCCAACUUUGUGGCAUGGCACCGGCGGGUUACGGAGAGGCCGAUCAUCAAGGACGUUCUGCAGAGGCAAGCAGCCGGUCGCUGAGGCGCUGAGCAAAGAUCCAGCAUGGGCUGGCUGUCAUCACGAUUUUGAUUUCCUUUGCAUGAAACUGCGAAAUUCUGGAGAACCUCUUCAAUCGUAGCUGCACACACUUCAGCGAGGGCCAGGCAAGUAUCGUCACUUAAUCUAGCUACAUCCCCCCCCCUCAAAAAUUGAUCAUGAUCGU